AUUUGAUCCGUGCUGCGGAGAGGUAUGACGCGGCUGAAUCUGCAUGAUGUAGCGUCACUAGGGGACACAAUGAUGCUAUGGCUCAUGGUUCCGUCCAUCACGUCCAUUGUGGUUGUCGCUGCGUUUGUGAUCCACCACAUUCGCCACCACGACGGUGGAAAGCAAGUCCGACAGAACGCCGCCGCCGACGCCGCGUCGUCGUCGUCGCACCCAUCGGCGACUGCAGCACAUUCCGAUCAUGGAUUCGGACAUGGAUUGACCCUUCGGGACGUGGCAAACCCGACAGCAACCAUCGACUUCAAUUCAAGGCUGCCCAUCCCCAUCGACACGUCGCUCUUCACUGGAUUCGCCUACGUGUUGCUACGAAGGCCGGAUGGAGAUGCACAUUGGGAUCCUCAUUUCGAAGGCAAGCAACGAACGAUGUGGGUCAUGGUGCAAGGAACGUUCAAGCGCGCGCCCGAAGGCACGGUGUACGUGUGUGGUGAACUCCCUCGACCGAUGACGCUAACGUUUUGGAGCAAAGCGUUCGUGAGCAUGAUCGUGACGACCAUCAAGUCACUGCUAGGCGGCAGUCUGCACUUCUCCUUUGGGGAUGAGACGGAAUUGCCGCACUUGUCGCUGCCGCUGUACCAAAGUGCCGACACGGUCAUCGCGACUCCGCUGGACGACGUCCCACCAAAGCUCGGCACGUCCGCAUGGCGCGAAGAUCCUGCCGCCCGAGCAGAGCGCAAGCGCACCCCCGUCGGAAGCGAGUGUUUCCGCACGGACAUGGUGUACUCGUUCCAAUUCCACACUAUGCAUGUAGAUCUGGCGUCGUGGAGCCUCGUGAACCUGCCUGGCGUGCCAAACGUCCGGCUCACGUCACUCAUGGGAGACAUGUCGUUGCGAUUGGGUGUGUAUGAACAUGUCCCCGACCCAGUUGCGACGGACGCGAUGGCGCAUGUGACCAAGCACUAUUGCUUCUCGUUUGACAUUUCGUCCACGUUGGCGUCGCCUCGUCCAAUGUCGUCGGCGACGAUACCCGAGGACAAGCUGGCAUGCCACGAUGCCAUCGAAUUCGAAGCAUGGAUGUGGGUAGAAACAUUCGACGUAACUUCCGAGCGGCGACCCAUCUCGUACCUCUUCCGUAUCCUGCAAGAAGAUGGCACGCCCAAGACCGUCUACGUGUCGUCGGCCGCCGUCGCGUCCGUCCUCGCCUCCCAUCCGGGACUCUUAACGCGCGCGCGACUCGACCACUACGCCGCCAUCGACGACCAACUCGUGGAAAUCAACCGGCUGCUGCAUAUCGUGUCGACAACGCCCCAUGCUUCCACCGCCUACGAUCGACUGGUAGAUACGCUGAGACCGGCGGCCUCUCCAUCUGCAUUACUACUCCCCCACGGCCUGCCUCCGAAAGCGCUGGGUGUGAACAUGUGGCGGUGGGACCUGAACGUGUGCAUGGAAGGCAGUGGGUACCGCAUCGUGAGCGACAUCUGCCUGCGCCAAGAGUACUUUGUACUCACGUCAGCAUCCUUGUUGUUGUAUCGCACGUAUGCGUCCCAGCCUGCGGUCAAAGUGUCCGUGCACGAUAUCACAGACGUUGUGACGAGGUUCGUGCACGAUUUGCACGUUGUCGCUGUGUACACGUGGACGGAGGUCCUGUACUUGCAUGUGGCCGACCCGAUGGCGUGGAAGAUGGCGCUGUUGGCCGUUACCGACCGCAACUCGAAGCUGCUUGGCUUGACGAGAAGUAACCACAAGAACCUGUCGACGUGGAGCCCGUUCAACAUUGUCACAUUUGACGGCCUCCUCGUGCUGAACCACCGCAAAAUCGCCGCGCUAGACGACGGUGGAAGGAACGAGGACGAGGCCAUGCCAAGUUCUGACGUGCCAACGGAUGCAGUUGCGGCCUCUGCGCAGUGCCUCCAUGCUGCCGUCGUCGCCGCAACCUCCCGACACCACCGCGCGGCCUUCCAGCGCGCCGUGCAUGCCCUGCGACAGGUGGACUUGGCCACAUUUACCAGUCAUUCCGACACGAAGCUUGUGUUUCUGCUGAAUUUGUACCAAGCACUGCUCGUGCACACGUCACUGGUCCUGCCCUUUAGCACCACCAACGCGAGUAUGCACCAAUGCGCGUACGAAGUGGGGAAUUCGAACCAGAUCAAGCUAUCCCUCGCCGAAAUCGAACACGUCCUCAUGAGAGCGGCGGCACCUGCGCUCAAGGACGUGCCGUACUUGGACUUUGUGCCCGAUGCGGCGGCGUACCCGUCGUCAUAUGCUGUGUUGGCCCUCCCGACGCGCGACUUCCGACUAAGUUGUGCCCUGCAUGUGCACCGCACGACCAAGUGCUUGGUGGCGUACACGGUCGACAGCGUCCACUACCAACUGAGCGAAGUCGUGAGGCAAUUCCUAGGCCAGCAUGUUCAAGUAACAGGCCGAAAUGUGACACUGCCGGUGGCAUGUCAGUGGUUUAAGCCCGACUUUGGUGACCACAUCCUUCGCAAAAUCAUGGGGCUGCUUUCCUGCGAUACGGUUGCCAAGGUACAGGACCUCGUCGACCACCCCAACGGGUUCUCCGUCCACUUCCGAGACACAUCUCCACGCCGCGUGCCGUCGCACUGGACCAUAUCCUCACCAUCCUCACUGGACCAUCACCAACCCUCGACUCUGUCAAGCGCAACUGCCUAACAAUCCUAUUUAAUCUACUAUUAUUUGUCUGUGUGUA